UCCUUUAAGUCAGAGAUUGCCAAUUGGCAGGACCCAUCUAUACUAGUCUUAAACCCACUACUUGAUAUAGUUGUUAACUGCCUGGUCCUUGCUCUUUAAGUCCUGAAUCUGGUCUAAUUUCCAUUCUCCCCACCCCACCCCCAGGCUCUGUUAUGAUUCUGGAUAAGCUCAGGCCCUCUCUUGGCUUAGUUUAUUUGCUCUAUUCAGGACAGAGAGCUCUGAUCCAGAACCAGCAACUCACUCACUCUCCCCUUCCCUCCACAGGCUUGAGACUAUGCUGUUCCUCCCUCCCCUUUCCACCACGGACCCUGCACUGUGGCCUUUCUCUCAGAACCUCUAAAAUUGGUACCCAGGCAAGGCACAAUGCCCCUGUCCCCAACGAGACUGUCUAGCCCCUAUGGCUCUGAUCGGCUGGUACGGCUAGCAGCCAGCCUCCGGCCAGCACUAUGUGAUACCCUGAUCACUGUGGGGAGCCAAGAGUUCCCUGCCCACAGCCUGGUGCUGGCAGGUGCGAGCCAGCACCUGGGCCGCAGGGGCCGCUGGGCUCUGGUGAAAGGCAUCAGCCCUUCCACCUUUGCCCAGCUUCUGUACUUUGUUUAUGGAGAGAGCGUAGAGCUGCAACCUGGGGAACUGGGGCCCCUUGAGGAGGCGGCCAGGACCUUGGGGGUGCAGUCCCUGGAAGAGGCAUGCAGGAGGGCUCGAAGGGACAGGGCUAGAGAAGAGCUGGGUCCAGGACUGAAGGAACAGCAGGAGGAGCCAGAGAAACUCACAAGGGGUUCUGAGAGAGGAGUGGGGGGCCUUGGAGAGAAGCAGAGACCAGAGAAGUUCAUUAGAGCUGGUGGGACAGAACAGGAGACAUUGCAUGAGCACAGGCCAACAAGAGAGAACCCUGAGAUGGCAGAGGCAACGAGUGAGAGCCAGGGGGAGCAGAUGAGAUUAAAGGAGAAACUCAACCAAUUCCCUGUUGGCCGUGGGGGAGUAGAUGGGAAGCAAGAAGUGAUCAUGUGGGUGAGGGAGACUCCAGGGGGCUCUGAGGAAAGUCUGCAGGAGUUCCCUGGCCCCCUUCUCCCACCAAGUUCCCUCCAAACCAGCGUCACCCCUAGGCCCUGGUGGGCUGAGGCCCCUUGGUUAGGGGAGGGCCAGCCUGCCCUGUGGAGCAUCCUGCUGUUGCCGCCCAGAUAUGGCACUCCCUACUCCCAUAGCACCCCCAUCACUGGAACCUGGCAGGAGCUCUGGCCUCAGGACCAGAGGAUCCCACUGUCCCUGAACCUCCCCAAAGGGCUCUGGAGCCAGAACCAGUUGGCCUCCUCCAGCCCAACCCCAGGUUCCCUCCCUCAGGGCCCCACACAGCUCAGCCCUGGGGAGACGGAAGAGUCUGAUCAGAGGCACACAGGUACACUUGCAACUUGUGUGGGUCAUGUGGGCACAGUAGGCCAUCCAUCUUGCCAGCACCCUACCCUGCCCCCUCCUGCUCGGUCCAGGCCCUAUUCUUGUUCUGUCUGUGGAAAGAGGUUUUCACUGAAGCAUCAGAUGGAGACGCACUACCGAGUUCACACAGGAGAGAAGCCCUUCUCCUGUAGCCUCUGUCCCCAGCGCUCCCGGGACUUCUCCGCCAUGACCAAGCACCUACGGACGCAUGGGGCUGCACCCUACCGCUGCCCUCUGUGCCAGGCCGGCUGCCCCAGCCUGGCUUCCAUGCAGGCGCACAUGCGCGGCCACUCGCCCAGUCAGCUCCCGCCUGGAUGGACCAUUCGCUCCACCUUCCUCUACUCCUCCUCUUCCUCGAGGCCAUCCCGGGCCUCGACCUCUCCCUGUAGGCCUCCUUCCUCCACCACCUGACCGGGUGUCGGUAGCUCCUUUGGCUUCAGCCAAGAGUACAAUUAAAGAAUGAAGGACAGGCCGGCGGGCUGGCUUCUGAUCCAGCACCGCGGCUACGGCAGCCUAGCCCAUUCGGCCAAGAAGCGCUGCAGGAAGGGCGCCGAGAGCCCUCUCCAAGACGAUGGCAGGCCGCAGAAUCCUGGGCCAGCGAGCCCGUGUCGGGUGAGGGCAGUGACGUUUGCACUAGUGAAGGUUAACUGUGCGGGGACUGGCGAUUUC